AUGUCUACAUUAGAAAACGUUAAGAAUAUUGUUAGUAGUGUUAAUGUAAUUUGUGAUAUUUCUAGUAUAAGCCCUAAUGACAUAGUGAAGAAAGAAGAAAAGGAUGAAAAUAAAAAUAAAGAGAAUUACAUGCUUACAACGGAUACUAUAGAUAGUACUCUUGAAAAUAUUGAUAAUAAUGAAUGUGGUGAUACAACAAAUGUGGAAAGCACAAAUGAACAAAAGAAUGGCUCCUAUCAUAUAAUAGAUGAUAAAAAAAAAACGGAAGAAGGGAAUAUAUUAGAAUAUGAUCAUAAAAUGAAAAUAGAAUAUUAUAAUAACUUAUGUAAUUAUAUUGAUAAUAAAAAAUAUAUACUUAUAAAUGAUAAGGAAAAUAAAACAACGUCAAAAAUAUCGGAUAAUGAUAAUUUCAUGUAUCAGAAUAAUAUGAAUAAGAAUAUUACUAGUGAUGGAAAUAUAUUAAAAGAUGAAUAUAAAAAUAUUGAUGAUAUAAGAGCAGAACAUAAACAGAAAAUGUUAUUAUGUAAUAAUGAAUUUUUAUAUAAAUAUAAAAUAUAUGGAAAAUAUGGAAAGGUGUCAAAAAGAAAUAUAGAAGAAUCUUCUUUUAAUGACUUGUCCAAAUAUGGUUUAAUUUGUGAUGUAUAUAAUAAAAAGUAUAGUUAUUAUAAAGAAAAAAAGAUAAAGAAUAAAUUAAAUUUAUCAAAAAAAAAUUUAACAGAUAGUGAAGUAGAAAAUUAUGACAUUGGAUAUAAUAUAAAAAAGAAUAAUGGAAAAAGAUAUUUAUUAUCAAAUGAUUUUGUAAGUAAUGAAAAUAUAGAAGAAAAAAAAAAAAAAAAAAAUAUGAAUAUAUAUCAGUAUAGAAAUGUGAAAGAAAAUAAUAUAAUAAGAAAUAUAUAUAAUAAUAAUAAUAAUAUGUUAAAUAAAAAAAGAAUGUGUUAUAAAAACAUUCCCUCUUUUAAUUAUAUAAAUACUUUUAAUUUAUUAGAUGAUUCUUCAUUUAGAAUUUCAGAAAAUAAUUUUUAUAAGAAAAUAAAAAAAAAAAAAAAAAAAUUGGAAAAUAUGCAAAGUAUAGAUAUAUAUGAUAAUAACAUGGAUUUAAAAAUUGAUAAUGAAGACAAAUUAAAUAAUAAUGAUAAUAUUUUAAAAAAUGAAGGAUAUAUAGAAAAUAAAAAAGAUUUAGGGGAAAUAAAAAAAAAAAGUACGAAUUUAAAAAGGAACUUGAAUACAGAUUUAAUCAGUAAUAGUAAUUUAAAAAAAAAAAUGAAAAAGGAUAGUGGUUAUUCAUUUUUACAUUUAAAUAUAUAUAAAAAUAAUAAUACUCAUGAUUUCUAUAGAAAUAAUAGUUACAAUACAUAUAUAUUAAAAACUGUAGGGAAUUCAUAUUUAAAACAUAAAAUAAAUGAAAAAAAAAAUAAAAUGAAAAGUACAAUAAUUAAUACAAUCAACUCAAAUAAUACAAAUAAUAUAGACAAUAUUUCAAAUAAGCAACCAUCUGAUAAUAUGGAUAUACAUAUGUAUGGAUCAAAAGAUAAUACGUUUUAUCAUGAUAAUGAGGAGAAGGUUAAUGAUAAUAUAGAAGAAAAGGAUAUUAAACAGAAAAAAAAUGAAUCUAUUGAAACGAAAAAUUAUAUAAAUGAUAAAAAAUUAUCAAACGGUACAAAAUAUGUAAUACAUAAAGAAAAUGUAUUCACAGAUAUAAAUAAUAAGAUUGCACAUGAUUAUAUAUCAAAUGAUAAUAUAUCAAAUGAUAAUAUUUCAAAUGAUAAUAUAUCAAAUGAAUAUAUUCCAUAUGAAUAUUUUACAAAUAAUGAAGAUGUAAACUCAUCGAACUUUUUAAAUAAAUCUGAAAGUUUGAAUAGUAUGUCUUCCACCAAUAGUGCUCAUAUAAAUAAUAUGAUGAACAGUUCAGGUGAAAAUGAUACAAAUUGCAUUCCCACUUUUAACGAUAAGACUGUCGAUUUAUUGCAUUUGAAUUUGCAUGAUGUAGUAAGGAUGUUAGAAAAUCAAAAUAUUGAAAAUCUCUAUACACCUGAGGAGUUAAAAGAAAUAUUAAUACCCAUUAGUGGGGUAUAUUAUUCUGUUUCAGAUGGGAGGUGGAUAUAUCAUCAUAAUAAUAUUGAUGAUGAUGAUAAUAAUAUUGACUAUCCCAAUAAUAUUGAUAAUUCCAAUAAUAUUGAUGAUGAUGGUGGUAAAGAAUUAAAUAAAAUGACUUCUUCUGAACAGACAAAAAACAAAGCAGACAACGAAAAAAAUAUAUUUGAUAAUAAGAAUUAUUCUUUCCAUGAAGGAAGACAAUUAGCAUUAAUGUUGAAAUAUAAAAAUAUAAAAAGGAAGCAUAAUAUUUUUAAAAAUAUAUAUGAUGAAGAAAUGUUCUUCUCGGAUAUCAAUGAUUAUGCAAAUAAAGAAAUAUAUAAUGAUGUAGAUGAUUUAAAUGGUAAUAAAUAUAAUAAAUAUAAUAAAUAUAAUCAAUAUAAUAAAUAUAAUAAUGAAGAAGAUAAAGUGGAAAGUCAAUCGAACAAAUAUGAAUUACAACACCAUGAGAUAUAUAAUGUAUCAUAUGAGCAAAUAAAUAAUAUGAAUGAAGAAGAAAAAUGUAAUGUUAUGGAGAAAACCAACGUUUCUCAGAAUGAUGAAAAUAUAAAAAGAAAUGAACAAAAGGAAAUAUUAAAAGAUGAAUAUGAUAAGGACAAUGAAAUGAAAAAAAUAGAUGACAAAGAAGAAACGAAGAUAAUAAAAAAAAUUCAAAAUAAUGAUAUAAGCCUUCUACAAAAUAUUGAGUGUGAUGAAAAAAUACAUUUUUGUGAUACCAAAAUAGAGGAGAAUAAUAACUCAUCGAAUAAUAAAUUAAAGGAGUUCCAUUUAAAUGAAACAGGAAAUAUUUUAAAAAAUGAAAUGUUAUCAUAUAAUGCUCAUAUAAAUACUUCAAAGAAUAAUGAUGACAUAAAUGAUUGUAUGAAAAAAACUAUAUAUGUAACAAAGGAUACAUGUAAAUAUGAUGCUCUCAAUAACAAAAUAAAUAAUAUUAAUAAUAAUAAUAAUAAAAUCGAAUAUGUACACAUUAAUAAAGAUAUAAAUAAUUUUAAUUCUAGUGAUAAUAUAUGUAGUGAAGAAAAAAAGGAAAAUAUGGAUAAUAGUAAACUUCUUAAAUGUCAUAACUAUGACAAGAAGUAUAGACAAAUUCAUUUUAAAAAUAAAAAAGAUUUAUAUAAAAUGUUAGGUAUAAAUUAUACAAAAGAUAUAAAAAAUAGAAUAAAAUGUUUAGAAGAAGAACAUAUAUUUUAUGAGAAGGAAAAAAAAAAAUGGAUUAUACAAAUUGUAGAACAAAAAAAUAAUACCAUAUUAUAUUUGAAAGAAUUUGACUGUAAGAUAUUUGGAUUUUUAUAUGCAUGUUUUCUAAGUUUAGAAUAUAAACAAUUAUAUCUAGAUUAUUUUCUUAAUGAAAAAAAACAAGAUUAUCUUUUAAAUUUAAUUCAAACACAUUUUAUCAAAAAGAGAAAAACUAAUCAUAUGAUACAUCAACUUAAUAUACACACACAAAAAAAAGAGACGAAUGAAGAAGAAGAAAAAAAUAAAAUGAUAGUUAAUACGAAUAAGUUAUCCUUAAAUGUUGGGAGAUAUCUAUAUGAAAAAGAUAAAAUUAUAAAUUAUCAAAAAAAAAAAAUGGACAAUAUAAAAAAAAAUCAAUAUAUAGAUGAUAAUAUGGAAAGGAAUGAAAUGGUUGAAUAUGUUGAAAAUUCUCAAAAUUAUUAUGUAAAUACUAAAGAUGGAAAGGAUAAUAUAAAUAUAUAUAAAACAAUAAAUCAAAAUUUUAUACAAAAUUUAAAUGGAGGUAAAACAAAUAAUGAGAACAUUAUUUCCAUAUAUGAACAAAAUAAAUCACACGAUUAUAAUAUGCAUAUGUUAAAGAAUCGAAAAUCUAAACAAUUCAAAGACUUCUUUGAUAAAAGCAAAUAUGGAUCAUAUAAAAACAAUGAUAAUACCAUGAUUCCAAAUAUAUGUGGAUAUAAUAAUAUGAUUUCUAUUUGUGAUAAGGAAAAGGAUAUAAUAAAUAAAAAAUAUGAAAAAAACAACCUACAGGAGGAGAGGACCGAAAAAAAUAUUCUAAACUAUAAUAUAAUACAAGAUGAUAAAAAUGAAAAGUUUGAUCAUAAAAUUGAUACAUUAUUAUUAGAUUAUAAAUUUCAUGAUAAAAAUCAAAUAAAUAAUUAUGAACAGGUUGACAAAGAUAUAAAUAAUUUUUAUAUAGAUAAAAAUAUAUGCGUAGAUAUAAAUUCUAGUGACACUCCUAUAUUACAUGAUACACAUAUAUACAACAUGAAAAAUGAAAAAGAAAAUAAUAUAAAUGAUAUAAAAGAAAGUGAUGAUAAUUUUAUGAAUUUAUCAAAUUUUCUUCAGAAUGAAAACGAAAUAACAGAUAAAACAUUAAAAAAAAAAAGAAAUAACUGUUCAUAUAAGAAACAAAAAAAUGUAAAAGAUUCUUUAGCACAUUAUAAAAAUUCUAACUUAAGUAUAGAAUUAGAAGAAGAAGAACGAAAUAAUUUAAUAAAAUUAAAUAAUUAUGUAAAAAUAUUAAAUGAAAAAAAAGAUAUAACAUCAAUAGCUAAACAAACAAUAUUAUUACUUUUAAAAGAUAUUUUAAAUUCUAUUCCUUAUCAAAUGGCACCUUCUAUAACAUCUAGAAAAAUAUAUGAUCGAAAAAUUCAUGCACAUGUACAUUUUGUUUAUCAAUCUAAAAAUAUCAUAGAUUUAGUUCCAUAUUUCUUUAUAUUUAAAAAUAUUAUUAAACAAAAAACACUUCCUAGCAACCAAUCACUAUACAUUUGUAAUGUAUUAUUGUAUGCUUUGUUUGAAGCAUAA